CCUCCCCUCAGUCUUGCACAGGUGUACCGGCUCCUCCCCUCAGUCUUGCACAGGUGUACCGGCUCCUCCCCUCCAGUUUUGCACAGGUGUACCGGCUCCUCCCCUCCAGUCUUGCACAGGUGUACCGGCUCCUCCCCUUCAGUCUUGCACAGGUGUAUCGGCUCCUCCCCUUCAGUCUUGCACAGGUGUACCGGCUCCUCCCCUUCAGUCUUGUACAGGUGUACCGGCUCCUCCCCUCCAGUCUUGUACAGGUGUACCGGCUCCUCCCCUCCAGUCUUGCACAGGUGCUCCGGUUCCUCCCCUUUAGUCUUGCACAGGUGCCCCGGCUCCUCCCCUUCAGUCUUGCACAGGUGUACCGGCUCCUCCCCUUCAGUC